UCCAUUUAAAUUUGAACCCGCCCUACACCUACAGUGUUCAUUCCUUUCAAUCCGCCAUAAAUCCAAAACCCUAACCUUCAAAUUAGUUCUUCAUUUCUCCAAUGGCGAAAGAAGACCGACUCAGUGAUUUGCCAGACUCAAUUCUAGUUCACAUUCUCUCUAUGAUAUGUGAAAACACUAAAGAUAGUAAAAAAUUAGUGAGAAGCAGUGUAUUAUCUAAGCGAUGGCAGUUUCUUUGGAUGUCUGUUCCAGUACAGUAUCACUUCAUGUCAGAUUCCCUAAUCGGGAAAAGCAUGUUGUUGAUUACUUAAAUUCCAUCCGUAGGGAUCUUCAUUAUUGGAGGUGUUGUCACAAAAUCAGAAAAUUUAGUGUAUUUUACGAUACUUGCGACCCACAGAGAGUUGCUAAAGAUGUCGAUUUGUGUUUUUAUUUUGCAAGUAAACUAGCAAAUGUCGAACAUUUUCAGUUUAUAUCUGAUGGUGGAUAUGUGUUUCCUCAGUUUGCAUAUAAGAAUACGUCCUGGAGAAAGUUGGAUAUUGAGUCAUGUAUGGAAUUGAAACCCUUAGCUGAUGUGAAAUGGAGUGGUAUAGUUUCUCUUUCAAUUGGAUGCACAUAUUUGACAGAUGGGUCCAUGGAAAAGAUAUUAUCUGGUUGCCCUAACUUGGAGUGCUUGCAAUUGGAUCAUUUUUGGGGAUUUCAUCGUCUGGAAAUCAGCAACGUGAAGUCGAGAGAAUUGAUCAUAGACAACUUAGAAACUGAUGAAUGUGAUGUAUGGCUUGAUAUAAUAGCCCCAUAUAUCCAAAAUUUGAAAAUUUUGGAAUCUUGCCGUGGGAUAUACUUGAGAAAUGUGGCUUCGCUUGUUACUGUGGUCUUUAAUUUUGAAUUUGAAGAGGAAGAACCAUUGCAGAGAAAGGAGUCUACCUGUUUGAAGGAACUUUUUCAAAGCGUUGCCCAUGUCGAGAAGCUUGAAUUAGGUCCCUGGUGCAUCCAGUACUUGUCCAUAAUGGAAUUGGAAGGGUGGCAGCCUCCACCAUCAAGCUGGAAAUUCUUGCAGCUUCACGUGCAUUUGAAACAAUUAGAUUUCCCCGGAAUUUGCUGUUUUCUACAGAGUUCAUCAGAUCUUGAGACUUUAGUCAUUGAUGGGUACGAAAAAUCAAGAGACCUGCUGUUAAAGUACACAAAUAAGGAUGAACAGACAAGGAGGUUUGAGACACAUGAUUUUAACUGCUCAUUUCCACAUUUGAAGACCAUCAAGAUCCUCAACUUUUCUGGAUCUGCGAUGCCAUUGGUGAAAUAUUUGCUCAAGCAUGCAACAGUGCUAGAGAAGUUCAUCAUUGCUGCCAAACGCAAAUGGGGUGGUGUGUCCUCGGAUUAUGUCAAAAUGGAACAGGAGCUCAUGAGCUUUCCAAGAUCCUCUCCGCAAGUAUCAGUUAUCUUUUCUUAUUGAUAACCUUGGACCCUUAUCGUUUGUUUUAAUCUCAGCAUACUUAACAUCUGUUAGUUUAUGUUUGAAACUGGCUUGAGUUGAUAGACAAGGCUUGGAUUGCACUUGUCAGUGUGUUCAUUCUAAAUGUUUUGUGAUUUCAGUUCAUACUGCUGAAUCCUGAUCAUGCCUUUAUACUGAAAAUUUAAGUUUUGAGAAUCAUUUGCAUUGUUCCUGCCCAA